CACACCAUAAACCUGAGCUCACUCACUCACUGGCAUUUCCCUCCAGUCGGCCCAGGAGAGUGAGCUGCAGCUCAGUGAGUGAAAACACACCGCAUGGCCAUGGAGUGCUUAAAAGACUGCUGCAAGAACUUCAUGAAGAAGAAGGAGAAGGAGACGGAGACCCAAGUGAUCAAACUGAAGAUGCCUCCCAACAAGGCCAUAACAUCCAAACAGGAGCCGGACGAAGGCAGAAGCGGGGUCAGAGAGGAUUACCUCCUGUCCAAGCUGCCUCCGGAUGGCAGAGAGGUGCCUUUUGUCCUGCCCACAUUUAAGGCCUCCUACAUCCAACCCAGAGGCUCCCGCUUCCCCAGUUUACAGGCCGGCCCACAGAGUUCAGCCCGGUGCACGUAUGCAGAGAGGAAGGCAGAGCUGGUGGGCACAAGUCAAUUCACCUACAGCCCCGAGUCCAGCUUCCAUCAGGGUCAGGUGUUUGAGUUUAUCUCUCCCGGCUCGUCCCGCCGCAACACACUGAAGAACAAAAACUCCAGUCCCCGAAGUCCAGGUUGGACUCUGAAGCAGGGCGGCGAGGAGCGACUGAGCAGCUCCAUGUUUGAUCUUUCCAGCUCUCCGAAUCACAUGCAGCGCUUCGACUCCGAGUCCAGCGUCCUCAGCAGCACGUCGUCUGCGAUAGGCUCCAUUGAAAGCAGCCUGGACUCCAUCACCCUAUCUGGGGACGAGCGUGAGCAUGGGAAGGUGUGUGUCAGAGUGAGUUACCAGGAGGCUCUGGAGCAGGUGUGGAUCACUCUGGUCCAGUGUUCAGACUUCAGCCUUCCUACGGACGGAGUGGAACAACAAAAGAUUGGAUUUAAAGGGAUCAUCACCAUCCCCAAACCAAUACAGUUCAAGAGCUCGAUCAAGGAGUACUGUCAGGAUGUUUCCUUCAUGGAGACCUUUGUGUUUGCGCUGCGUCUCCAGCAGUUGCGCUGCAGUGCUUUGGUGCUGCGGCUGCAAACACACCUGCCCAGGAAACGUACGGUGGCCGAGUGCGUCCUCUCCCUACGACAGCUCAGCUCUCAGGAAACAGAGCACUGGCUCAACCUCAACCCUCCGUCCAAAUCCUCUGUGUGCCACUCUGAGCUGCAUCUCACCACCUGCUUUCAGCCAGUCAACGGACGCAUCCAGCUUCAGGUCCUCGCCGCCCAGAACCUCCCCUCAUCCUCCUCACCACUCACUCAAGCAUAUUUUGUCAAAGUGGAGAUGUACCAGUUGGAGCGGGUGGUGAUGAAGAAGAAGACUCGUGUGCUGAAGGCCUCGGGGGGUCAGUGUCAGUGGAAGGAAACUUUUCACUUCCUCCUGACAGCGUUAGAUCACGAUUGCUCGCUGUCGGUCAAACUCUACAGUAGGAGCUCUGUCAGGAGGAAACAGUGUCUUGGACAGGUUCAUCUGGGAUUCGACAGCCCCGUCCUUGAAGCAGUGGAGCUGUGGAAGGACACGAUGGCUAACCCAGAGAAAGUGGUGACUGCAUGGCACAGGCUGAGUGCCACCUAAAAAGAAAAAACCUCUUCCCUCUCGAUAUGGAUGUGAUGGUGAUGUUGAUGCUCUCGUGCUGCAGGUCCAGCUGCGCCCGACGACAGACCAGAGAGACUCUGCAGAGACAGUUCAGCUGCUUGGUUGUAAAUAGGGGGUUCGAACAAAGUGUAGCUGUUUAAUUAUUCAUUAUUAAUUCUUCUUUUUAAAAACAGCAGAGCUAGAACUGACAACAACUCAACUGCAUAGCAUUUAGCUGUAUAUAGGCGUUUGUAUUACAUGUCAGUCCAGUUAGUGAAACCUUUCUCACUCUGGUUCAGUUGGAUAGAAAGUUUACAAGCAGAGAAAAUGACCAUAAAACUAAACUCCCCGUAGAAACAUGUUGGUUCAACAUGGCGAGCAUCUGUAAAAGUCUGGAGGUGGUUAUAAAUCUGACACACUGGAACUUUAAGUUGAUACGGCUGUGAACAUAAGUCAAGGCUUCACUUUCUUUUAGUUCUGUUUUUGGUCUCCACCAACUCUUUGGGGAAUUAUCUGCCUCUUUUGUUGCUAAACGCUCCGCUGUGUUCAACCUGCUAUUGUCACUACAGUAACUGUGUCUGUGUGUUUGACGGGUUUUAAAGCUUUUGUACUGGAAACUGUUUCCUUGUUACGUUGUGCAGCUGAAAGCCUGAACCAAAAUAGUACAUUUACACAUUUACAGACCAGAUAGCUAAAUUACUAUCUACUAACUAUCAUACUCAGACUUUCACAUUGUAGCACUGACAUUUCAUAGGUUGUUAGUGUAACAUGUUGGUUAUAGCUGCGUUGAACUUGUAUUUUUGGGGACUAUUUUAGAUUAGACAUUAAUACAUAUUCGGUCUGUUUGUGAGAAAAUGUCUUUGUAAUGAAGGAACAUCUCAGCCUGUGCAACCAUGAGGCUCAAUGAUAUGUUUUAAUAUUUAAUACAUGAGCGUUAUCUGGCUUUGGAUACAGAGACUUUUUUGGGGGGGCUGUUUUCAUGGUGUUUGUUGGCAAUAAGGAAAAUAUAGAUAUCUCUUGACUUAAUUAAGAGGUUGUAACUAUGUAGGAUAUCAUGUUACUGUACAACGCAGCAGUAUCAAACCAUAUCUGUACGCUUUUGAUAGUGAAGCACUUUAAUUUUGUAUGUAUUUAAUGUUUUAAUGUUGUAAAUUUAGUGAUUAAAAACUACGUGUCAUUUGAAAAA